AUGAUGCAAUGGUUGCUCCGCUCUGCAAUUGAGUCACUCCUUGUGGUGAAACAGGAGAUUGCAUGUACUUCCGCAAAUGUACUAAUGGGAGAGUACGACAACACCGUCCACGGUCAGGAGUGUCUUAUCAACAGGUCAGAUAUCUCGCAGCCAAUCGGUCCGGGCCUAUUUCAGUCAAGUAAUGAGCAUUAA